AUGGUCGUGUGUGGUGGAUAUGUAUAUUGGGAAAACAAAAAAAGUAACCUUGUAUAUGCAUACUCCAAGAUUUAUUUUCCAUAUCGAAGGUGUGUUGGAAGAUUCGUCUUUGGAAUUCAAAGACUGCUCUCAUUUCUCACUUUCAAUCUGACACGUUUGAACCAUGAAGGCACGCUUACCGAGGACUGCUGUCGUUAUAAAACCCCAUAGAGCCACUGUGAUAGACCCAUAUUCAGCAACAAACAACAUACAGAAAGCAUCAAGAUUAAGAACGAGAAAUUAAAGUGCCUAGCUCUAUGGGGUUAUCACUUUCCUUGCUCCAAUCUGCGUUGGAAGAAAUUUCCAGACAGCUUCUCUUUUAUAUGCCUUUCAAUGUCAGCUUUGCUUCCAAAGAUGGAACCUUGAUUUUAAGGGCAUCUAGCUUUAAGAAAGGAGAAUCAAAUACUGCUAAUGUUUUGUCAAACGGAUCCAGAAGUUCAAACCGGUUAAGGGAUAAGAGACCCCAAUGUGUGAUCCUCGAAAGAAAUUUUUCGUUUCUUCAAGAUGAGGACAAGAUGGAUUGGAAUAAUCUUGCAAGCAAACGUAAACCAGUGCCUCUGCUUUCUCUCCCUAAAGCAGCAGUUUUCUCUCCCUCUAGACCUGCCAACGAGCUUGAUUCAGCUGCAACCAAACUCCAAAAAGUCUACAAGAGUUACCGUACUCGAAGAAACCUUGCGGAUUGUGCAGUAGUCGUGGAAGAGCUAUGGUGGAAGGCAUUGGAUUUUGCAGCUCUUAAAAGGAGUUCUGUGUCAUUCUUUGAUGUCAAAAAACCAGAAACUGCAGUGUCAAGGUGGGCAAGGGCAAGAACACGAGCAGCUAAGGUCGGCAAAGGUUUAUCCAAAGAUGAGAAGGCACAAAAGCUAGCCCUGCAACAUUGGCUUGAAGCUAUCGACCCACGUCACCGCUAUGGACAUAAUCUGCACCUGUAUUAUGACAUUUGGUUUGAAAGUCAAAGCACUCAACCAUUUUUCUAUUGGUUGGAUGUUGGAGAUGGCAAAGAAAUAAAUCUUAAGAAGUGCCCAAGGAGCAGUCUACAAGGCCAAUGCAUUAGAUAUCUUGGACCAAAAGAAAGGGAAGAAUAUGAAGUGAUAGCUAAAAAUGGAAAGCUAGUUUACAAAAGGGAUAACAAACUGGUGAACACCGAUGAGAGAUCGAAAUGGAUAUUUGUUCUUAGCACCACAAGGGCCUUGUAUGUGGGGAGAAAACAAAAGGGUACAUUUCAACACUCGAGUUUUCUUUCUGGUGGUGCAACCACAGCAGCUGGCAGAUUAGUGGCCCAUCAAGGUGAUCUUGAGGCUAUUUGGCCAUACAGUGGUCAUUAUCACCCAACAGAAGAGAAUUUCAAAGAAUUUGUAAGCUUUCUGGAGGAGCACAAAGUAGACCUCACCAAUGUAAAGAGAUGUGCAAUAGAUGACGAUGAUACUCCUUCCCUUUCUGGGACUAACUCCUUUACUGCCGUUGAUGAACCACAGCAAAAUAUAGCCCCUGAUCUAAUUUCUCACACGGGCCCAUCAAGUGCAAUCAAUGUGGACAAAAAGGAUGACACAGCAGCAUUCAACCUUUCCAAGAGGUUGUCUUGUAAGUGGGCCACUGGGACUGGGCCUCGUAUUGGGUGUGUCCGUGACUACCCUGGACACUUGCAAUCGAGAGCGCUGGAGCAAGUCAAUUUGUCCCCAAGGCCCACUUCUGCACGCUUCAGCAACUAUGGCCCAAUUCCUUCUCCCAGGCCCAGCCCAAAAGUGAGGGUGUCCCCCAGGCUUGCAUAUAUGGGCUUGCCCAGUCCAAGAAACCCAAUUCCAGCCAGUUAAUAGAAUGAGUGGUUUGAAUUAGGUCUAAUAAGGUUGACCAAAACUAUUCAACUUCGGCAUGGUCAAAGUAGAGGGACACUUAAUAGUGCAACGUAAUCAUAGGACUAACAACAAUUUUUCUAUCUUUUACCAUUUUUCUUUCUAUUUCAGUAAAUGAUGAGAUCAUAGGACUAACAAUGCUGACAAAAGUUGUAUCAGUGACACAUAACUAUCAUUUUAUACGAACAAAUGAUAACAUAUUUAGUUAAUUA